UCGGCGGAGCCGGUGCGCGAGGCUGCGGGUGUGCUUGAGUGGCCUGCCCCGGGCCCGCCGCUGCCAUGGACGGUCUGCGCCAGCGCUUCGAGCGGUUUCUAGAACAGAAGAACGUUGCCACCGAAGCGCUCGGAGCGCUCGAAGCCAGGACCGGUGUAGAGAAGCGGUAUCUGGCCGCGGGGGCUCUCGCGCUGCUAAGCCUGUAUCUUCUGUUCGGCUACGGGGCCUCUCUACUGUGCAAUGUCAUCGGAUUUGUAUACCCCGCAUAUGCUUCAGUCAAAGCUAUCGAGAGCCCAGCCAAGGAAGACGAUACUGUGUGGCUAACCUACUGGGUGGUGUACGCCCUGUUCGGCCUGAUCGAGUUCUUCAGCGAUCUACUCCUGUUCUGGUUCCCUUUCUACUACGCGGGCAAGUGCGCCUUCCUGUUAUUCUGCAUGACUCCGGGACCCUGGAACGGGGCUCUAAUACUGUACCAUCGCGUCAUACGACCACUAUUUCUAAAACACCACGUGGCCCUAGACAGCGCCGUGAACAAUCUCAGCGGAAGGGCGUUGGACAUAGCGGCUGGGAUAACCCGGGACGUACUGCAGGCCCUGGCACGGGGCCGGGCUCUCGUCACCCCAGCUUCAACAAUGGAGCCCCCAGCCGCUCUGGAACCGGACCCCAAGUCAGGUCAGAGUCUGCUCCUGAAGCACAAGUGAGAUCCCCUGGGAGCCUGUGCACAGAGCCCCUGGCCAGUGACAAAGAGCACACAGCUGAGGCCCAGCUCUCUGACUCCUCCUCAGACUCCCAGACAGAGACCGAACAGCAACGCCGACCCUCGAGCCCAAUCAAGCCAACAGCAAGCCCAUCGAGGGCCGUGAAUGGGCAGUCCCCAUCCCCAGUCAGCCCAGGUUCUGCAUCUGCGUCCCGGGGUCAGCUGGCCACAGGCUCUGUUAGUGGCUCCCAGAUUCCCAGUAAGGCCCGGGGCCAUCGCAGCCGGGGCAGUAUGUCUUCCAGGCCUGCACAGCGUACCCGGCUACCCAGUACGUCCUUGGGGCCCUCUCAAUCGGCCAUGCGCUCUGGGGGGUCUUCACAGC